UUAGUUCCCCUUCGUCUGAUAGACGCCCUUUUCCCUGUCUUAUUGCUGCUUCUUUACUUGGACAAAUUAAGUUUUAAUUUAAUUUGUUUCUGAACACGGAAAGUCCAGUGUUGCAGGUUUUGUUUUUUUUUUUUGUUUUUUUUGCUUGCAGUCAAAGCUGUAGUGUGUUUGUUUUGAGCUUGAGAGUAGCUGGGAUUUAACAGCCGCUCUACUUGUUAGCAAAAACAGAGAGAAAACCUUGGACGUCCUGCAUUCAAGACCCCCCCCCUCCCUCUGGUCCUGUUUGACCUCCUGACACUGAGAGGAUGGUGAUGGCGGAAGGAGCCCAGAGAGAAACAGGAAGAGCUGCUCCUAGAACAGAGGGGAGGCAGAUAUUAGUGGAGCUCGGGGAACAGAACUUUGAUUCCAUUUGUCUCUCUACAUAUCGCACCGCCUGCAAGCUCAGAUUUAUUCAGAAAAGAUGCAACUUGCAUCUGAUCGACAUUUACAACGUGAUCGAGGCGGUGCGGGACGCUGGGCUCAACGCCGUAGAGCUCAACGCCGGGAUCUCCGUUACCAGACUGGAGAACCUGGUUUCCUCCCUGUUCAACCAGCUCAGCAAACGCCUUCCCACCACACACAUCAUCAACCCGCAGGAGAGCACCAUCCUCCUCGUUGAGUUCAUACUGGCCGCCGUUGACUGUGAGCCAGAAAGCCGUCUGACAGUUCUCUCUGUUAAAGCGAUGCUCUCCAUACUUUGUGGAGGGAAGCUGGUGGACAAACUGCGAUAUGUGUUUUCUCAGGUUUCUGACUCCAAGGGAGUCAUGGUUCUGUCCAAGUUUGACAUUUUUCUAAGAGAGGCUCUCAAGCUGCCCACUGCUCUGCAUGAAGGACCGUCCUUCGGAUACACACACACUGUGGCUCGCUGCUGUUUUCCACAGCAGAAACGGGUGAUGCUCAACAUGUUCCUGGACAUCGUAGCCGAGCCUCCGGAGUGUCUGGUCUGGCUGCCGCUGAUGCACCGCAUGGCCAACGUGGAGCACGUCUAUCAUCCGGUUUCCUGCUCCUAUUGCCGUAGCAACGGGAUCACUGGCUUCCGUUACCGCUGCCUCCGUUGCCGCGGUUACCAGCUGUGCCAGAACUGCUUCUGGCUUGGAAAUGCCAGCGGCUCUCACAGCAACCAGCACCAGAUGAAGGAGCACUCCUCCUGGAAAUCUCCUGCGAAGAAGUUUGGUCGCGCCCUGAGCCGGACGCUGGGCUGCGUGUCGUCAAGGGAACCGCCCCAUCCGAUUUACCCCGAGGAGCCUGAGCGGACCCUUAACCUCACCAACAUCGUCCCCUCCAGACCAAUUGGGAACACCAAUGAGGCCAUGUUGCUGUCUUCAGCGGUACCAGAGUCGUCCAAAAGCUUGGCAGCAGCUCAGAGGAUGAACGAGGAACACGCUCUGAUUGCAGCAUAUGUCAAUCGACUGCAGAGCGGCCCCUGUGGCGUCGACAGUCCAGGCAGGCAGGAUGAGGAGCACAAACUUAUCGCUCGCUACACGUCUCGACUGGCAGAGACAGAAAGCACAGGAAUGAUUCCGACAAGGAGCAUCAACUUUGAUGUGAACAAACAGAAGAGGGAGCUCAUCGCUCAACUGGAGUGCAAAAACAGAGAGAUCUUGGCAGAAAUCAAACGUCUGCGUGCCGAGCAUGACGCAGCGUGUCAGCCAAGCCCAGAGCGAUGCAGCACCAACCCGGCUCUCCUCGCCGAGCUGCGGCAGCUCCGACAGAGGAAAGACGAACUGGAGCAGAGGAUGUCGUCUCUGCAAGAGAGCAGGAGGGAGCUGAUGGUGCAGCUGGAGGGGCUGAUGAAGCUGCUCAAGGAUGAGGAACAGCGACAGGCAGCGCAGGCGGCCGGUUCUUCUCACGCCUCCCCGUCUCGACCCAGCCCGUCCGCCAUCCGCCCGGUCGGCGCUGCGUCUCCUCACGCUCACAUGUACCUCCCUCAGGACUCCCUCGCCGGGGUCGGAGGUGACGUACAGGAGGCCUUUGCUCAAGGGCCGAGGAGGAACCUGAGGAACGACCUGCUGGUCGCCGCCGACUCCAUCACCAACACCGUGUCGUCGCUGGUCAGAGAGCUGCACUCUGAUGAAGGCCACGAGGAAGAGGAGAGGUUGCUCAAUGGGAAAGACAGAGCAGGUUAAAAAGCUGGCAGGAGGAACAACGAACCGGUGUUUCAUUACGGCCAAAAACGACGUUAAAGGUCAGCAGUGGGAGGAGUCGAUUUUCUACGGCAAUCAACCAAUCACGAUGCUGGACACCAAAUGACCGCCGCGGGUCUCUACUGAUGUAUAGUUGUGAUUUUUGUGUGUUUUUGAUUUGAUCUUGCUUGAUCCAAUGGGGAAUCUGAAACCUACUGGUGAGUACUGUAGCAUGUUUAUUUGGAGGAGGAAGAAAGUGGAGGAAGUGAGAGGGAGGAUGCGUCUGGGAAGGAUUUUUUUAUAGACCAGAGAGAUGAUAAUGAAGAAAACUGGAGGAAAAAAUUAAAGUUGAAGAAGUGAAAGAUGAGCUGAUAAAGUUUGAGCACUGUGUGCUUCGUAUUUAUUGCUUUGAUUUGUUUUUUUGCCUUGUAUUCAUUCAGUUUGAGAGCUUUAUGUGUAUGUGAGAGUAGUCAGAUCCUGCUGAGACGUUUAAGCUUUAGGGACUAAAUCCCACCAAGUUCCCACGUCUUGUUGAGAUAAAUGUACAAAUAUGUAGACGAUGCAACUCUUCCCCGAACAGAAACCAAAUAUCAGUGGUUCUAGCACUGUAAAAAUUAACUUUAAAGGUGACCUACUAUGCUUCUUUGAACAUGUCCAUUUCACAUUUUGCACAAAAUUAUUCUUAGAUAAUUUGUCUUGGUCAGUUCAGACGAUUUUCAGCUCCUGUUUUAGGGCCUCCUGUUACUUUAAAUCCAAAUAAGCUGCUGCUGGCCACACCCCUCAAAUCAACGUUUACACUCGCACUUGAAAAUGGCUGCAAACAGAUGUGCAAUUAUACAAUCAUACAUAUUUGAAAAAGACACAUGGAGCCUUCUGCACAACCAACAAGAAUGCAGCAAGUGAUUUCUGUAUGGCAAGUCAACAACAAAACACUUCCAGCAGCCAUUGUACGGCGCAUACAGCGGUAAAAUCAGUUGGGUUUCUAGGUAACGGCGCAGUGUGACUCAGUAAUCAGGAUGUUUUUGAAACGGCUCAUUUUCCAGACACCAAAAAACAUGAACUUAUUUCCAAAUAAACAGCUGGAUGUUUUCUUUAAAACUCUUUUGUUGUUUUUAGAAGCAGUUGAGACACAAAUGGAAGAACAAAAACGUACAAAAUGUGAAUUUUGCAUUGUAGGUCCCCUUUAAUGGUGAUGUUUUCCACUUUUUAAUGAUUUUUGUCUGGAAUAAAUUGGGCUGAGCAAUAAAUCAAUUGAGUUUUUGAUAUUUGAAGAUUUAAUUUUGGGAAAAAAAAAUAAAUUUCACCUGUGCACUCGUUGGGUUUCCAUAUUUCACAGUGAUGUCAUCACGCCCAGAGCAGCCAUCUUGUUUGACAAGCUUGUUCUGCAGCUUCUAUUUGUUCUGAUCUUGAAUUCGGGUCAACUCUACGAUGGAUUAUUAAAGCCAGGCUAAGACUUUUUUUAUUUUUAUUAAAUAAUAAAGUCAGAAUUUUACCAGAACUGCCACCCAAAAAUAACAAAAAAAUUAAAGUAUACAAGUUUUUCUAACAUUUUUUAGCGCUCAGUGUCAAAUUAUAAGUGAUUGUGCAAACAACUGAGUCUAUUUCAAAAACAACUGAUAACAUCUCUUUUUCUCAUUGAAUCAAUGUUUUUUUCUUUGCCAUUUUAAAAUAUUUUUUCUGGUAAAAUUGCUUAUUUUUCCAGUAAAAUGACUACAAAUUCUCAUUGUCUGGCCCUAAUUCUUUAUUGUACAACUCUGAGAUCGUAGGACUGAAUUAAAACCACUUUUUGAAAAUAUUCAAAAUCAAAUCUGGUGGGAAAAAUUCAGAGAUUUUAUUCUUAAUUCAUAUCGCCCAGUCCUAGAAUCUAUGUUUCAGUGUGCAGCUUUACUGUGUAUUCUGGUACUGCAGUCAAAGAGGAGCAAUCUGAUUACUGUGGUGUGUGUGUGUGUGUGUGUGUGUGUGUGGGCGUGUGCGUGCGUGGGUGUGUGUGUGUGUGUUUUAUGUACAUUAUGUGUGUUUGUUUCCUCAACCUCCACGUUCUGUAAAAGCAGCAAAAUUUGAAAUAUUUACCUUGAUAACUUGAACAAUUACAAAAGUAUUCACACCUCUUAAACCUUAAUCUGUAAGUCGGUUCGGAUGGAAACUGUAUUGACUUUGACUAGACCAUUUUAACGCAUACAUUUGGUUUCAACCCAUCCUAUUGAGGUUGGUUGUGUUUUUAGCAUCGUUGUGCUGCAGUGACCUCUCCCUUAAUCUUGUGUGUUUUACAGAUUAAUGAUGCUGCCACCACCGUAUUUCUGUCUGCACUGCAAAAACACAAAAUCCUACCAAGUACUUUUGGUCUAGUUUCAACUCCAAAUAUUUUAGUAGACUUCAAAUAAGACAAAACUAACUUACAAAUAACUUUCCAGAAAGAUAAAGGAAUUUGUUUAAAUAAAUAAUUCCUUAAUAUUGAUGAAAACGUUCUAGUUUCAACGGGAAAUUAUUUAAUUUGUAAUGUGGAAACUGUCUGGAACUAACACUUUUUCACCAAUAUUAAGGAAUUAUUUCCUUAAAACAAGCUUAUGUAUCUUGUUGAAAAGUCACUUGUAAGUUAGUUUGUCUUGUUUAAAGUGAACUAAGAUAUUUACACUAAAACUAGACCAGAGAUACUUGGUAGGAUUUUGUGUUUUUGCAGUGUGUUUUGAUUUGUUUGUCUCAAACGGUUCGGUCUCAGUCAGAAACGUUUUAAGGAGUUUGGAUACUUUUGUAAAACACUGUAAUUAUCUGGAUUAGAUCAUUUCAUCUUAAUUAGGUUAGGACCCAAAUUAAAUCUAACAAUCCCUCAAAAUCACAUUCAUUUGAUCCAUUUCUGGUUUACUUCUUGAAUCAAGUCUUUUUGUAACUCUGAACAAAUUCAUUACAAGGUCGACUCUGUGAAGGGAUUUUCUGAUCUAAAGCCAAAGCUUUUCUGUUUUUUAUUUUUGCUUUAAUUGUUCAGGUUUUGAAGCUUUCUCUGAAUUCACACACAUACCCUGAUAUAAAAAUAUUAAUUUAUUAUUGUUUCUUUUCAUUUGACAAGUCAUUUUGGUUACAUUGUAAAUGCAAUCUCAGCUGUUGUAUUUGUACUUUAAGGGUUUGCUAAAACAAACAUCAAGAAUUAUCAUUUAUUGAACGAAUCUUAAAUUAUUUAGAAGUUGUAGUUAGGUGCGUUUAAAUUUUUUAUGACUAAAGCAGCAGUCUGACAUCCUGUAGUUAGUAUCAAUUCUGUAAUUAAUGUCUUUUAGCGUCUAAAAGCUACCUGGCUAAGCCAAAUCCUUAUGUUCCUGUCUUUGUUUUGCUUUAUGUAAAAUAUAAAUGACUGUUUUUAUGAGUUUCAGCUCUGGCGAUGAAGAACUACACCCAGAAACCCAAAAGUCAGCAUGCAAAUAAAAGAAAAAAAGCCAAAGAUGUUUUGUUUCAUUUCAUUCAACACGUUUCAGAGCUUUAGAAGGUGAAAUCCCAACAUCUUAAAUUUCUGCAUCGGUUUGUCUUCGGUUUUCACCGGCUGUUUUUGGUGUUUGCGACCUGGAUCGCAGCGAUUGACCGACUGUAUAAAUGAUUCCACUGACGAACAAGCCCGUGUUUCUGCAUGCAUGUCCAACAGUGCCUGAGAGUCUGAGGAGACGGGCUUGCCCUGACAUGAAACCGUAAACACCUCCAGCUCUGAACCUGCUGGAGCAGAGGAGAUAAGUGUGCAUCUGUGUUUCAUCUGCAAUAAAUAAUAUUUAUCGACAAA